AUGCAAGUUGAUUAUGAAAACUAUCCAUUACGUUCUCCAUCCAGCACCAACAUUCAUCCGAAUGCUCGAUGGCAACAAAAUGGUAUCACUGUGGCUGGAGGAUAUCGACAAGGCAAUGGAAUCAAUCAACUCUCAAACCCAUGGGGUUUGUAUGUUGAUGAUGAUCAAACAAUCUAUGUUGCUGAU